UAUUUAUUUACUUAUUCCUUUAACCAGCGGGUACACGUUCUGUUAGAGGAUUUCUUUAAACCUAUAUUGAUUUUGCGUGUUUAUUUUCGCGCUUAAAGUUGAAUUCCCAGGACCUGUGCGGUUGAGGUAACAGUCCGCGGAGCUGAACGCGUCUCUAGGAAACUCGUCUGGACGAUAGAGGGACAGAGGGGACGUGCAGAGACACCUGGGGUGAAUGUACAGGUCACUAAUGAAAGGCUGAAGCAGACAACACUGUUUGAAUAACAGCAGGCAAUGUUUAGCACCAUGCACGGUGUUAAACUACCAAUAACGGUGAAAGUGGACAUCAAUGUGCUCCUGGCUGCAGUCACAGUCUCUGGACUCCUGACCAGACUGUACGGGAUCCAGUCUCCCAGAGCUGUCGUCUUUGAUGAGGUUUACUAUGGACAGUUUGUGUCUCUGUACAUGAAAAGGGUGUUUUUUAUUGAUGAGAGUGGACCACCUCUUGGACACAUGAUCCUGGCACUAGGAGGUUUUCUCGGGGGAUUUGAUGGCAAUUUUAUCUGGAACAGAAUUGGAGCAGCAUACACCAGUAAUGUUCCGAUAUGGACCCUGCGUGUGAUCCCUGCUUUGGCUGGGGCAUUUUCCGUUCCCCUCGCCUACCUCCUGAUGGUGGAGCUGGGAUAUUCUCAUUUCUCUGCACUCGGAGCUUCGUUGCUACUCAUUCUGGAGAACUCCCUGAUUGUGCAGUCUCGCUUCAUGCUCCUGGAGGCAGUGCUGAUCUUUUUCCUGCUGCUUGCUGUUGUGUCUUACCUGCGUUUCCACAAUUCGCCAAACAGUUUAAGCAGGUGGUUAUGGCUCGUUGUCUCUGGAGCCAGCUGUACAUUUGCAGUGGGAGUGAAGUACAUGGGUCUUUUUACCUACUUCCUGCUACUCAGUCUGGCAGCGUUUCACGCCUGGCGUGUCAUUGGAGAUAAAACCUUAAGCAAUGGGAGAGUGUUGCUGCAUGUGGUGGCUCGCUUCCUGUCCCUAGUGGUGCUCCCAGUCUUCCUGUAUUUGGGAUUUUUCUACAUACAUCUGUCUUUACUCUACCGCAGCGGGCCACAUGACCAGCUGAUGAGCAGCGCUUUUCAGGCCAGUCUAGAGGGUGGCCUGGCCAGAAUUACACAGGGUCAGCCUCUGGAGGUGGCGUUCGGUUCCCAAGUCACUCUCCGUAGUGGUUCCAGCAAACCUGUUCCAUGCUGGCUUCAUUCUCACAAGGCCAACUAUCCAAUCAGAUAUGAAAACGGGCGCGGCAGCUCGCACCAGCAGCAGGUGACAUGCUACCCUUUCAAAGAUAUCAACAACUGGUGGAUUAUCAAAGAUCCAAGAAAACAGAGCCUUGUGGUAAGCAGUCCACCCAGACCCGUCAGACAUGGCGAUAUUGUACAGCUGCUGCAUGGCAUGACCUCACGUUUUCUCAACACGCAUGAUGUUGCAGCUCCCAUGAGCCCUCACUCCCAGGAAGUGUCUGGCUACAUCGAUUUCAAUGUGUCCAUGCCAGCUCAGAACCUCUGGAGAGUGGACAUUACAAACCGUGAGUCUGACCGAGACGUGUGGAAGACUAUUCUGUCAGAAGUGCAGCUGAUCCACGUCAACACCUCAGCAGUGCUAAAGCUGAGUGGAGUGUCUCUUCCAGAGUGGGGGUUUCACCAGCUCGAGGUGGUGGGUGAUAAGCUCUAUAAAGGCUACCAGCAGAGUGGUGUGUGGAAUGUUGAAGAACAUCGCUAUGGUAGAAGUCAGGAACAGCGGGAGAGAGAGCUUGAACUCAAGUCCCCAACUCAUGUCGACUUCAGCAGAAACCUCACAUUUAUGGCCAAGUUUAUUGAACUGCAGUGGAAGAUGCUGACUGUAAGAAAUGAAGAGUCAGAACACAAAUACAGCUCCUUACCCCUGGAAUGGAUUACCAUGGAUACCAAUAUUGCAUACUGGCUUCAUCCAUCAAGUAACGCCCAAAUCCACUUGAUGGGAAACAUCGUCACCUGGACCUUUGCAAACCUCGCACUUAUUGUUUACAUGGUCCUGUUUUUCACUUAUCUCCUGAGACGCCGGAGGAAAAUAGAGGAUAUCCCUAAAGAUUCUUGGGAGCAGCUGGUGCUGGCGGGUGUUGUGUGCUCUGGAGGAUGGGCUGUUAAUUACCUGCCCUUCUUCCUGAUGGAGAAGACCCUGUUUCUAUACCACUAUCUUCCAGCUGUCACUUUCCAAAUUCUGCAGAUCCCUGUUGUUGUGGAGCAUCUGUACACUCACACACUGAGAUCUCCCGCGUACAAGAAGGCGUUUGGUGGAGUGAUCCUGGCAGCUUUGUGCUCGGUGUACAUUUGUUAUCGCACCUUCAGCCCUCUCACGUAUGGCCAGUCUGAGCUCUCCUCAGAGCAGCUGGACGCACUGCGAUGGAGAGACACCUGGGAUAUACUGGUCCAUAAGCGCUGAUCUCUGCAGCGCUCCUCACUGUGAACACUAAUGUUUUCCUAGUAACACAAAACUGAAAUAAGGAGGAAAUUCAGAUCUAUAUAAAUGAAAGAUGUGGAGUCAAAUCAUGAUUUUAUUAGAAUGUGCUUAAGAUGCUUUAUAAGAAGGUACUUAGUUGAACAUGUAGUUCUUUUAUAAUAAUGCAAGAACACUAUCCAUGAUCCUGUUAACUAAUGUGCCUAAAAUAUGGUAGGGUUAUAUUUUUAAUAGCUGCUGAAUCGGAACGUAGUUUUUUCUAUUACGUAAGUAUUAAAUAUUUUUUAUAUAAA